UUACGUCGAACUAUGACGUCACCACGCAAAUCAGUGGCAGAAUCCAACAUGGACGAUACUAUGGCUGUCGAAAAGAGCCCGGAGGAAAUUCCGGCAAUCUUGAACUCCCGACCGCAGACCGGUCUGUCCUUCCUGGCACCAGAACCAGAGGACCUGGAGGACCUUUACAGCAGAUACAAGAAGCUGCAGCAGGAGCUGGAGUUCCUGGAAGUGCAAGAGGAGUACAUCAAGGAUGAGCAGAAGAACCUGAAGAAGGAGUUCCUCCAUGCACAGGAGGAGGUGAAGCGGAUCCAGAGCAUCCCACUCGUCAUCGGACAGUUCCUGGAAGCCGUCGACCAGAACACGGCCAUCGUUGGCUCCACUACGGGUUCCAACUACUAUGUGCGCAUCCUGAGCACCAUCGACCGGGAGUUGCUGAAACCCAACGCCUCGGUGGCUCUGCACAAACACAGCAACGCCCUCGUGGACGUCCUCCCCCCCGAGGCCGACAGCAGCAUCAUGAUGCUCACCUCAGACCAGAAACCUGACGUGAUGUACGCUGACAUUGGAGGAAUGGACAUCCAGAAGCAGGAAGUCAGGGAGGCGGUGGAGCUUCCACUCACGCACUUUGAGCUCUAUAAGCAGAUUGGCAUCGACCCGCCCAGAGGAGUCCUCAUGUACGGACCACCAGGAUGCGGCAAGACCAUGUUGGCCAAAGCUGUGGCACACCAUACAACAGCGGCGUUCAUCCGCGUGGUGGGCUCCGAGUUUGUGCAGAAGUACCUGGGCGAGGGGCCCCGCAUGGUGCGCGACGUCUUUCGCUUGGCCAAGGAGAACGCGCCCGCCAUCAUCUUUAUCGAUGAGAUAGACGCCAUCGCCACCAAGCGAUUCGACGCGCAGACUGGGGCUGACCGAGAAGUGCAGAGAAUUUUACUGGAGCUGCUUAAUCAGAUGGACGGUUUUGACCAGAACGUCAACGUCAAGGUGAUCAUGGCCACCAACAGAGCAGACACAUUGGACCCGGCCUUGCUGCGUCCCGGCCGCUUGGACCGAAAGAUCGAAUUCCCGCUGCCCGACCGUCGGCAGAAGCGUCUCAUCUUCUCCACCAUCACUAGCAAAAUGAACCUCUCUGAGGAGGUGGACCUAGAGGACUACGUGGCCCGACCAGACAAGAUCUCCGGAGCAGACAUCAACUCCAUCUGCCAGGAGGCCGGCAUGUUGGCCGUCCGCGAGAACCGCUACAUCGUCCUGGCUAAAGACUUCGAGAAGGCCUACAAGACUGUCAUCAAAAAGGACGAGCAGGAGCACGAGUUCUACAAGUAGAGAGGAAUGAGAGAAAUGUGUUUGUGUCGGUAGCGGCCAUGUGUCAUUUUCAUUUUUGUUCUUUUGGACUGAACAAAGUCACUGCUGCAUAAGGCCUAAUGUUGAGCCUCAUGUGCCCAAUUAAGUGUGUUGGUUUUCUUUUGUACAGGCAGGCACGCGCGCUUCUGGUUCAGUCAGUCUUUAUCAGUAAUCGGGUUGUAUCCAUAUACAAGUGUAUGACUGAUCUAUCCAUUAAAGAUGUUUUGCAUAAAAUCUGAA